CUCACUCAUCACUUCCCCUAUACCCAAAACAAUUCAUAAAUCUUAAAAAAAUAAAAAUAAAUAAAACAUUCCCCCCAGAGAUUAUUGUCUCGACAUAGGAUACAAUACGCACACUGGUAUUUGAUCUAUCAUCUUCGUCAGAACAUGAAAAACUCAUUUGCGUCUAUAGUGAGAGACCAGAAGAGGGGGAGGUCGAUUAUAUGCCUGCUUUUUCCUGCAGCUUCUCUCUUCUUUCUGCUGCUCUUCAUAGGGAGUUCAUCUAUUCAAAUUCGUAAGGAGAAACUUAUGAGAUGGAGAAAGGAGGACAAGGAGGAUGUAGAUUCAUGUCAGAAUACAUGCAGACCUCCUGGAAGUGAGUCAUUGCCAGAAGGCAUUGUUGCCAAGGAUUCUAACCUGGAAAGGCGGCCGCUCUGGGGUUCUCCAAAGGAAUUAGAGCAUGCUGGAAACCUGUUUGCAGUUGCAGCUGGGAUCAAGCAGAAAGAAAAAGUGGACAAGAUGGUGCAAAAGUUCCUUUCAUAUAAUUUCACAGUAAUGAUUUUCCAUUAUGAUGGCAUUGUUGAUGAAUGGAAGGACUUUAAAUGGAGCAAUAUUGUGAUACACAUUUCAGCUCUCAACCAAACCAAAUGGUGGUUUGCAAAGAGGUUCUUACAUCCAGAUAUAGUUGCAGCAUAUGGAUACGUUUUUGUAUGGGAUGAAGACCUUGGAGUUGAAAACUUCAACCCAGAAAAUUAUAUGUCCAUUGUGAAAAAUGAAGGGCUUGAGAUUUCACAGCCGGCAUUGGAUCCUGGAAAAUCAGAGGUGCAUCAUCAGAUUACAGCGCGAGGAAGGAGAUCAAAGGUGCACAGGAGGACUUAUAAGCUUGGGGACAAGGGCAUUCUGUGCAACAGAAGUAGUAUGACUCCCCCUUGCACUGGGUUUAUUGAAGUGAUGGCUCCCGUAUUUUCCAAGGCGGCAUGGCGCUGUGUAUGGUAUAUGAUCCAGAAUGAUUUGAUCCAUGCUUGGGGAUUGGACAUGCAACUUGGUCAUUGUGCACAGGGAGAUCGAACGGUCAAGAUUGGUGUUGUUGAUGCGGAGUACCUCGUGCAUUAUGGGCUUCCAACGUUAGGAGAGCCGUCAGGAAAAAAGUUCAAACAAUCAUCAGAAAACAAGAACAAGAACAAGAACAAGAACAACGAGGCGACAACAAAAACAAGAACAAGAACAACCACAUCCCACUCAAUUGACUUCAGAGUCGAAGUGAGAAGACAGUCUUAUAAUGAAUACAAGGUGUUCAAGAGGCGAUGGAAGAAGGCUGCUGAGAUGGAUAAAUGUUGGAUAGAUAAGUAUCCGAAUGAUACAUCGUAUAUUAUUAUAUGAAGUAAAGAACAAAAUAGGUAUUUCAAAAACAUCAUAUAUUUUAUGAAGUAAAGAACAAAAUAGGGCGUUUCAAAAGCAUAUUAGCUCUUUAUUUUUAAGAUUCUUAAUCCUUUUCCUAGGAGUAGGAUGAUUAGUAUAAAGGUAGGGGUGUUGGCAUAAAUGAUUGUGGAAAUUAGAAAAUGAGAAAGUAUUUGUUGUGAGUA